AUGGCCGAGAAGCGGCAGAACUCGGACGUCGAGGCGCGGCGGCUGCCCGAGUCCUUCAAGGACAGCCCUUCCAAGGGCCUUGGGCCUUGUGGAUGGAUCUUGGUGGCUGCUUCAUUCUUGUUCACUGUGAUAACAUUCCCAGUCUCUAUAUGGAUGUGCAUCAAGAUCAUAAAAGAAUAUGAACGAGCCAUCAUCUUCAGAUUGGGGCGUAUUCUACAAGGAGGCGCCAAAGGACCUGGUUUGUUUUUCAUCCUGCCCUGCACCGACAGUUUCAUCAAAGUGGACAUGAGGACUAUUUCAUUUGACAUUCCUCCUCAGGAGAUCCUCACCAAAGAUUCUGUGACCGUCAGCGUAGAUGGCGUCGUCUACUACCGUGUGCAGAACGCCACCCUGGCCGUGGCCAACAUCACCAACGCCGACUCGGCCACUCGCCUCUUGGCACAGACCACCCUGAGGAACGUCCUGGGCACCAAGAACCUUUCUCAGAUCCUCUCGGACAGGGAGGAAAUUGCGCACAAUAUGCAGAACACCUUGGACGAUGCCACUGAUGACUGGGGGAUCAAGGUGGAGCGCGUGGAAAUCAAGGAUGUGAAGCUUCCAGUGCAGCUGCAGAGAGCCAUGGCCGCUGAGGCCGAGGCAUCCCGGGAGGCCCGUGCCAAGGUCAUCGCCGCUGAGGGAGAGAUGAACGCGUCCAGGGCACUGAAAGAGGCAUCCAUGGUCAUCACCGAGUCCCCUGCCGCCCUUCAGCUGCGGUACUUGCAGACACUCACCACCAUCGCUGCAGAGAAGAACUCCACCAUUGUCUUCCCUCUGCCGAUUGACAUGCUGCAAGGCAUCAUAGGAGCGAAGAAGUGAGCCGUGUGGGCCGAAGCAGCCAUGAGCUCUUCCUUCCCAAGGAGGAGUUGGGGGGUGAAGUCAGCCCCCCACCUAAGGAGCGUAGAACGAGAACCUUGACUGUCCUCCCUUCCCACCUCCGAAGUCGCAUGAUUUUUUAGCCUGUAGAGUGAUCCCUAACAACAGGUCAAAGAUGGUUAGCUUUUUAAAGAACUAAGAGAGAGGAAAAAAGAAUUGGAGAUUUAUAUAAGAUACUCUCUUACUCUUUAAGCUAUUUUAAAAUGCUAUUUUUUUUAGAUGAUUUCUCACUAGGUUAAGUCUCUCUUCCUUUUACUUUCGCCAGCCAUCUGUCAAGAAAGAGCAAAAGAAUAAACCCCCUCAGCUGGUCCUCAUCCUCUGGCUAAAAAAUGUUCUGCAGAAAACAGUGACCUUAGGCUUUUCCCAGACA